UCAAUCCGCGGAGAGGACACCCAGCUGCUCGGUCACAGACCCUUUUAAGCACCGAGGGAACUACCUGAAAACGCAAAUGUUGGCAUUGUGAUAACAAGGAUCCAGCAGUUCCCCCCACCCUAAAUUCUCCUGGAAUAUUCUGUUUAAUUGUUGGCAACAUAUUUUGAAAAAGUCAUCAGUUAAAAGACGGAGUGCAUCUCCUCAGCAGAAUGAAGGGGUUUUCACCUUUCUUCACCAUGAUUCUUGUUGCGCUACUUGUCGCCACCGUCUCAGCGACCAAGUUAAAUGUCCCGCGCCUGAGACUGUCAUACAAAGACCUGCUGUCCACCAACAGGUCGUCCAUCUUCAGCGGUCACCAUGGCCAGCUCUCUCUCACCGCCGUCUUCCUGGAUGAGUACCGUGACCGCCUCUUCCUGGGAGGGAAAGAUAUCCUGUACUCUCUCAUGCUGGGACCUGCCAGCAGCGAGUCCAAAGAGAUCUACUGGCCUCCGUUACCUGGCAACAGAGAGGACUGCAUUCAAACGGGAAAGGAACCACAGACAGAGUGUGCCAACUUUGUUCGCCUCCUGCAGCCCUACAACCGGACCCACCUCCUGGCCUGUGGCACUGGGGCCUUCCAGCCUAUGUGUGCCUUCAUCUAUGUGGGGCACAGAGGAGAGCAUGUGUUCACCAUGGACCCUACAAAUGUGGAGAAUGGACGAGGGAAGGUUCCACAUGACCCCAGCCUCCCCUUCGCUAGCACCUUCAGUGGUGAUGAGUUGUAUACAGGACUGACGGCAGAUUUCCUGGGUAGAGACUCUGUGAUCCUGAGGAGUAUGGGAGGACGCUCCACCAUGAGGACAGAGACUGACCAGAAACUUCUUCAUGACCCUAAGUUCAUCGCUGCCCAUCUCAUCCCAGACAACGACGACAGAGACAAUGAUAAAGUGUAUUUCUUCUUCACUGAGAAGGCCACAGAGGCAGGGGACAGGGAGGGGGCCAUACAUACACGAGUCGGACGAGUGUGUGCGAAUGAUGUUGGAGGUCAGAGAGUGCUGGUGAACAAGUGGAGUACCUUCAUCAAAGCCAGACUGGUCUGCUCUGUACCUGGACCUCACGGAAUCGACACACACUUUAACCAACUGGAGGAUAUUUUUCUGCUGCGGACCAAGGAUGAGAGGAACCCAGAUGUCUAUGCGAUCUUCAGCUCCAUCAGUAAUGUGUUCCAGGGUUUUGCCGUGUGUGUUUACCGUAUGGCUGACAUCAGAGAAGCCUUCAACGGACCCUUUGCCCAUAAAGAGGGCCCCGACUACCAGUGGGGGGCCUACGAAGGCAGGGUCCCUUAUCCAAGACCAGGCGUGUGCCCUAGUAAAAUCACCAACCAGCCAGGCAGAGAGUUUGGCAGCACAAAGGACUUCCCUGAUUCAGUGUUGCAGUUUGCCCGCAGUCACCCAUUGAUGUGGCGGCCGGUGUAUCCCGCUCUGCGCCAGCCUGUGCUUGUUAAGGCCAACAUUCCUUACAAGCUGAAGCAAAUCGUGGUGGACCGGGUCGAGGCAGAGGACGGGCUGUAUGACGUCAUGUUCAUCGGCACAGACGUUGGCACAGUAUUGAAGGUAAUUGCCCUGCACAGUGGAAACAGCCUGGAAACAGAGGAGGUCACACUGGAGGAGCUGCAAGUCUUCAAAGUGCCAACUCCAAUUACAUCGAUGGACAUAUCCGUGAAAAGGCAAGCCCUGUAUGUGGGCUCUCCAGCAGGUGUGGCGCAGGUGAAGCUGCAUCGCUGUGAGACUUAUGGGAAAGCAUGUGCCGAGUGCUGCCUGGCCAGAGACCCUUACUGCGCCUGGGAUGGAUCAUUGUGCGCACGGUACACGCCCAACAGCAAACGACGCUACCGCAGACAAGACAUCAGGCAUGGAAACCCCGUGCUGCAGUGUGUAGAUCAGAAUCUGAGUGAAGACCUAGAUGUGACAGAAGACAGGGUGGUGUAUGGGACAGAGAACAACAGCUCCUUCCUGGAGUGUGUUCCUCGCUCUCCACAAGCUACUGUCUCCUGGCUCGUCCAACGUGAUGACCGCAAGGAAGAGGUAAAGCUGGACGAACGGGUGAUGUCUACAGAGCAGGGCCUUCUGUUUCGUCGUCUCUUCCGCCAGGACGAAGGCGUCUACAUCUGCCACUCUCGAGAGCAUGGCUUCACACAGACCCUGGCCCGCCUUACUCUCGAAGUCCUCCAGGGGGAGACUGUGGACGAGCUCAUGGCACGUGACACCGCUGGCCUCUCCGACACGUUCAAAGACCGGUCCACAGGAAGCUACAGGGCCUGGAUGCCUUGUAGCGCAUACAGCAGGGGCGGCUCAUCGAGCCAAAUCGGCCAAUCACGUACAUGGUUCAAGGAUAUCAUGCAGCUGAUUGGGCCGUCGAACCUGCCACACGUGGAGGAGUACUGUGAGAGGAUGUGGUGCAACGACAAGCUGAGGAGGAAACACAAGAGCAUGCUGGAGAAAUACCGCCAAGCACAGGAGAGCGCCAGGAAGGCACGUAGCAAGAGCUCUGGCGAACGUAACCGGACGCCAAGGGAUCUCAGCGCAUGGGAGGAGUAACGGAGAGAAAGCGACCGGGGGAUAAAGAAGGAGAAAAUGAACGAAGUAUAAAGGGACAAAGAUUACAGUACAGGACAAGAUGAAUUGGGCAGUAAAAGAGUCAAGACCAGCAUCAGCUCCUAAUAGUUGAAACAUUGGAACCUGGAUUUAUAAGAAUAAGGUAGAUCAGAACAGUGCAUCUGCUUUGGCCAUUAGACCUAACAGAGUGGUUUUUAUCAGUGUAUGUGUAGGUCAGGUGCUAGGGGUUGGCUCAAAAAAGACAUAAGGUUGUCUGGAAAGACAGCACAAAAGAGACUGCUACUGAACUGGUUCUGUUGCUGAUGUAAUGAUGUUGAUAAAGAGAAGAUGAGAGACAAUCUUUCAAAUACACUCUUAUAUACUUUUACGGUUAAAAAUGGCAGACACAUAAAAUCAUCAAGUCACAUAAAAUCCUCACAAACCUCAGAUUUCUAAAACGUAUGCAUGCCUGUGGACUGACUCUUUGAUGAACAGUUUGUGUUGGCUCUUGGCAAAUUAGGACUUCGAAAAGAGAGGGGCUUUUUGCAUCUUUGGACCACAAAAUAGCAAGUUUGUCAAGUGCAGCUCUGGCACACAUAGACACAUACUUUCCAUUUGUUUUUGUCACAUUUCACACAAUGCAGUCACUGGAUCCAUCUCCUUCUCACUUUAUUAUAUGUAUUUAAUGGUCCAUGUUUCUUGCCUUGCUCUGCACUUGGCAUUUAAAAAACAAAUUAAAUAUUCAUAUGCGACUUCAGCUCGAGACAUAACUGAGUUUGCAGUGUAUUUAUAAGAACCAUAUGCAACUAAUGCAACCGGGCUUAGACACCUACUGUAUCUGAUCUCGCUACUGUACAUGCACACAAACAGCCUCUUACAUAAACUGAGAUCCCACUCACCCAUUACACUGAAUGCAUAAGCUCAACUAGCUCAAACUGGAAGCUACCAUGAGACGACUGUUGAUGGUUCAACAGAUUAAAGGCACAUUGCUUUAUUUUUACUGCUGUGGGUUGAAUUUUCCAUUAAACACCAGCUACAGAUCAAGAUUCCUCUUACUUUCAUGCUUCUGGGCACAAACCAUACCGUCUCCUGGAAUGUACCUAAUGGCCUCGAUAUUUGCUUCCAUGGGAAUCCUUUUCUCAACUCAAUGAAAAUCUAAGUCUGUGACUUUAACAAGGUGACAUCUUCAAAGUGCUUUUUUUCCCGACCAACAAUCAAAAAUCAUCCAUUAAAAGUAGAAAUUACAUCACCCGACCUCUCUGUCGUAGCCUCUCCUCACACACUACAAUCAUCCACUAAACUCAUUUUCCCACAGUUCCUCUGUGUGCUGUAGCUCUCCAGUGACAAUAGAGGGAACAAUAGAAGGGGUCAGCUGUAAUGGCCGACUCCACUUCUGUUUUUUGCUUUGUAAACACUGGUUUUAUGACGGUUCAUGGUUUGAACACAUACACAUUGUUAAUGUCUUCAGUUGUGUGGUUAAAAUAUAAUCUUUUACGUUAACUGAAUCCAAAGAAGGUUUUCCUUCCACGGGUGAGAGAAUGGAGGGUUGAAAACAGAUAAAGAAACAGGGCAUUGGAUAGGGUGAGAUGUGAGCAUUAUAACCUUAAGGAGUGGAGGUCAAGGAAGACAAACUGCAGGCUGAGGAGAAUGAAUGCCAAGCUUCAGUUUAGGUGACUGUGUACAUAAGAAAUCCAAGCUGAUAUUAUCUGUUCUAUUAUUUGUUCUGGAAUCAAUCAUACGUUGGUGGUCAAGUGGUGAAAUCAUCAGUUUCCAAUUAAAAACUGUACUAAAGUGUUGUAUGUUUAUUGGAUUAAUUUGAAGACAGCUAAACACCUUUAAAAAACGCCAAUCAGCUGUUCACAAAUAGCCUGUUGUUGCCAAAGAACUGAGAAGCUCCAAUAUGGAGGGUGAAAUCCCUAUAACAUGUGUACAUAUGGAAGAUGGUAUAGAUAUUCUGGGAGCCCUAUCGCUGUUUAAAAUUAGCCAGGAAACAACAUUAACACCAGUGAACUUGGUAACCUUUAUGUAACCUUCAUGGCGUGUGAAUAGCUUCUGAGAGGGCAAAUAAAAAAAGAGGAGUGAACAUGGGGAGAAGAAAGGAGAGAGAGAUUUAAAAAAAAAUAAGGUACUAUAAGCAUCUUGUGAAGGCUGUAUUUGCAAUUUAUAAAAGUCCUAAUACCUAUUAAUACCCAUUUGUUUCAUCAGUAUGAAGUGAGUAUUUCAAAAAGUGAUACAUUUCCCCCAGUUUGUACAGCACACUUAAGCACACAUUUUACUCUAGCAAAGUUUAUUUUCUUAGUUUGAGGAUAGCGAGACAGGCUAUUAGACACCACUGUUUUCUUUAAAAAUAUUGAUUUUGAUGUAUAUCUAAACUGAAAGAAAAUGAUGUGACAGGAGGAUGGUAUGCAUGAAACAAAGAGACAGCUGGCAGGGUAAAAGAAAGUUAAAUCUUGAUUUAGCCUGAAAAAAAUCCUCCUCAAAAGUUCCUUUCUCAUAAAAUUGUCACUUUUGUAUUCUUUGUCUUGUCAUGUUUUUGCAUUGUCUGGUCUGCUCUGGUCUAUAAAGAUGAUAAAGUCAUAUUUUGGUGGUGGUGGUGGUGGUAUCACUCUGCUUCUGUAAGUCCAAAUCCUGACCCUGCAUUACUGUCAUCAGAAAAUUAAAAACGGUGUUUAAGGUAUAACUGUGUUACUAUUAUUGUAAACUUAAAGUGUAAAAUUGUCUAAAAACACAAGUUUCCAUUUUACCGCAACUGUCAUAGUGAAACCGCCAAAAUAAAUGCUGACACAUUUUUUGUUUUUUUUUAGCUGGACAGUGUUUUGAGACUUGACACAAAAUAAUAAUUUGUAAUUUGUGCAUUUUUGCAAAUAUAGAAUUUUUAGUUGCUGACAAAAAUGUGGCAUGACUGAUUAAAUGUCAGUUUCUGUGCAUGUUUAAACACACACUUUGUAAAGUUUUCAGAUGCAUUUUAGUUGUUGAACAGUUGUACAAAGUAUGUGUUGGUUUUGCAUCUCACAUUUAUAUUUUUAUCUUGCUCCUAAUCUGUCCACUCUCUAUAGCUAGUUCAGUGCAGUUUGUCAAUAGCUUAAAAAUGUUAUCUCAAACACAUUACAGCACUUAUUCUGCCUUAAUGUUUAAGUGUAGUGUUUUACAGUAUUUUAGUAAAAACACUUGGAUGGAUUUAUCAUUUAACAAAGACCCAAACACUGUAUGUACAAUGUAUUGUGAUACCUUUUGUAACACUGGGACAGGAUUUUGCUCUAGUCAAACUACACCAGGUGAUUUCACUGAUUAGUUGCUCCACCUCAUUGGAGGUGCAAUAAUUAAUACUUGGCUGCACAUGCUCUGACCUCAACAGCUACUCUAUAUUAAGCAGACAAAGAGGUUCAGUCAAGUUCAGACUGUGAGAGUAGACACUGCAGUUAAAACAUUCAUAACAUCUGUCUUAUCUAGCUACUCAGGACUAUGGCACCCAUGAAUUUGGAAGGUCAGCAGUCUUUCAAGCACAUAGCCAUCAUGAACUUGAAAGAUUCAACCAGCAUGGUUUCCCUGCAGUAAACAAUUCUUACUGAACAACGCUCAAUGUAGAAUUUAGGCUAAAAAAUGUAAGGAUCCUUCGAUUAGAUAUGAACAUUAACUUGGUGACCUGUCCCUCUAUUGUACUGUAAAACUGUGCUGGUUGUGGGGUCUCUGACAGAGCCUAAUUUAAAUGCAUAUUUAUGUUUUAUUUAAGUGUCUUUCUGCCAUGCAUGCUAUGUACUUGUAUGCUAUUUAACAGCAUUAAAAGUUGAUUUUCUAACAUAAA